AUGAGCAUAGUUACAGUCAUUGUUGGAAUAUUACUACUGAUUCUUGUUAUACCACUUGCAUUAUACACCGUUGGAUUUUGUUUACCCUCAGAGCAUAUUGUUACCCGUACAAUAAAGUACAGUACGACCGCAGAAAUAUUAUGGGCUAUUUUAACUAGUGUCGAAGAUUACCCUGCUUGGCGCUCUCAUGUGGAUCAAAUUCAUGUUGACGACGAAGAAAACGAACUGAACAAAUAUGAAGAAACGACUAGAACCACAUUUAUUGAAUUCGACAUACAAAAAGAUAAACGAACGAUUGUGACCCAUAUCGAACAGGAACCUGAAAGAAAGCUGCUGAGAGUAUUAGAAGAAAAGUCCAAUUUUGGCUCUUCAUCCAUCUUUACAGGCUCCUGGACCUUGACGAUUGAGCCAGUACAAGGCGAAAGAGCAGUGACACUCAAGGUCACAGAGCAAGGAUAUAUAAAGAAACCGAUGGUCAGAGUAUCACAUAAACUUCUCUUUGGAUACCAUCGACGUAUAGAUCGAUUUUUGAAAGACUUGGGCAAAGAAAUUGAAUUGGGCAUACUGGAGCCAAAAGAAGAAGAUGAAGAAGAACAGACGAUAGAACAAGAGUUGCAGCGAGUGAGUGAAGAGCCAUUGGAAGAAGAAGCCCAAAGCAGUGAGCAUGAAAGAUUGGGACAUCAUAAGUGA